AUGGAAUUUUUGAGAAAUCAUAUAAAAACUAUUUUGUUAAGUAUACAAGUAGUUUUGAGAGACCUUGAGGUUAAGGAAAGAUCUGAAGAAAAUCUAGAGGAAGAAGAUACAAAGAAAGAUUUUUAG